CAGGAAAUCCUAUUGAACUUCCUGUCAGACGCAAACACACACGCACAAACAGAGAAGUAAAAGAAAAAAAGUCCUGUUGUACAGGACAAAUGAUCGACCUGAGGACAUCUGCUGUACAAAUGUAAAAGAAGUACCCAUCAUGGAUCUCAGUGAGGAGGAGUCAGCCCCUCUGGUAAUCAGAGACCGGGGAGGCAGCCAGAGGUCCAGUUCUAGCAAUGAUCCCAGUUUACAAGUACACCUCUACUUCCUACCAGCCACAAAGGAUGCAACAACAAUACACAUUUCAUCUGGACAAAUCUCGGCUGAAAAUGUCUGCAUUCAAGCAGGCAAAAAAUGUGGAAUCUUACCAGUGUACCAAAGUGUUUUUGGUUUGGCAUCUGCCGAUCUCUCAUGUUGGUAUCCUCCAUCGCACAUGUUCAACACAGAAGAAAAUGUACAAGUUCACUUUCGAGUCAGGUUUUUCUUUGGAAACUGGUUUGGACAAGGACCAGGAACAUCGUACCGCUACAGUUUGACCAAAGACAGAAUCAGUCCAGUACUUGACUGCAGUGUCAUUGAUUAUCUCUUUACUCAGUUGCGUAGUGACUUUAUUGCGAGUGUGGCAGGAGUGUGUCCACCUUUGAGUGCUCAAGAGGAAUGCCUUGGCCUUGCGGUGUUGGACUUGUGGAGAAUGUCCAAAGAGCGCCAUCAGAGUGUAAGAGAGCUCUGCAAGACUGUCAGCUACAAAUCAUGCCUUCCUGUGUCACAUCGCCAUGACAUCCAGAGACGAAACCGCCUGGAUCGGUAUCGAAUCCGAAACACUCUGAAACGUUUCUUAAAGAAGCUUGGCAACUGCUCGGUAGAUGAGUGCAGCUUGAAGCUGAAGUACCUGAUCGAACUGGCUGCUAUCGUGCCCUCUCUGGGAAGCGAAACCUUCCAAGUGAAUCCUUCUUCCUCCCAUUCCCAGUCAACUUUCUCUCUCGUAAAGGUCACUUGGGAAAGUGGAAUUGAAACCAGUGGAAGUUGUGAUCCCGAUGGUACCCUGGAGUGGCACACCUUCUGUGAUUUUAAAGAAAUCGUCGACAUUGGUAUAAACAGGGUAUGCCAUGAGCAAAUUCCCCAAGACAGCAGGAUGGUGACAAUAACUUGUAAAGAUGACAGAUGCUUGGAAGCCAACUUCCAGAGUCUCAAGGAAGCGCUUUCAUUUGUGUCUCUUGUUGAUGGUUACUUCAGACUGACCACAGACUCUAGUCACUACUUCUGUCAAAACAUUGCCCCUCCAAGUAUUCUGGAGGGGAUCAAAAACCACUGUCAUGGUCCAAUCACAUCAGAGUUUGCAGUCAACAAAUUGAAAAAGUCAGGAUUUAAAGGCGGGACGUUCCUUAUCCGGCAGAGUCCCAAGAACUACAACAACUUCUUCCUCACUGUGUGUGUUCAGACUCCACUUGGACUUGACUAUAAAGACUGUCUCAUUAUUAAGAAUGAGCACUACAAUCUUCCUGGAGUCCAAAAAUCUUUUACCAGCUUGAAUGAGCUCACCAGCUAUUACCAACACAACAAGCUUCUACUAGCUGAAGUGCCUGUCAAGUUGGCCCACUGCUGUCCACCCCAACACAAAGAGCUCACUAAUCUUAUCAUCAUACGCCACAGCAGCUGUGUAGAAGCUCAAGGGUCUCCAACACCUGAAAGAAACAAAUUCAGUCACAUCCAAUUUCACAUGAUCAAAUAUGAAGACCUGAAAUGGGGUGAAAGCCUUGGACACGGAUCCUUUACCCGAAAUUUCAAAGGCUUCAAAACAGACAUUCGCGAUGGGGAGAAACAUGUGACACCUGUUUUCCUAAAAGAGCUUGACGUUGUGCAUAAAAACUGCUGGGAGUCAUUCUUUGAAGCUGCUAGCUUGAUGAGUCAGAUUUCACACAAACACCUCAUCCUUGUCUAUGGUGUUAGUGUUCUUGGAGUCAAAAACAUCAUGGUGCAGGAGUUUGUUGAGUGCGGCGCCCUUGACCUUUACUUGAAGAGAAGGAGAUCUGUGUCAGUGAGCUGGAAACUUGACGUAGCGAAACAGCUCGCGUCUGCCCUCAACUUUCUGGAAGAAAAGAACAUUGUUCAUGGAAAUAUUUGUGCCAAAAAUCUGCUGCUGGCCAGAGAAGAUGACCCAUCACAGGGCAGUUCUCCUUUCAUCAAGCUGAGCGACCCGGGCAUCAGUGUUCCCAUGCUGGGCAAGGAUGUGAUCCUGGACAGGAUCCCCUGGGUGGCUCCUGAGCUGCUGGAUGCUCCAGAAAAACUGACUCUGGAUUGUGAUAAGUGGAGCUUUGGUGCCACUGUGUGGGAAAUCUUCAACAAUGGGAACACUCCGCUGCUAGGGUGGGACUUGGACAAGAAGCGGCAGUUUUAUGAGAGCUCCCAGCAGCUGCCUCCCUCCCAGUGGACAGAGCUAGCCGAUCUUGUCAAUCAGUGUAUGGACUACCAGGCAGACUUCAGGCCCUCCUGUCGUAGUAUCAUCCGACAACUCAACAGUCUGAUCACUUCAGACUAUGUUAUACUUCAUGCCACUGAGCACAUCACAAAGAGCCCUGUGUGGAUAACCUCAACCCCUGCUCAACCGGAGCAGAUAUUGUUUGAGGAGAGACAUCUUCGCUUUAUCUCCUCUCUGGGGAAGGGAAACUUUGGCAGCGUUGAACUUUGCCGUUAUGACCCACUUGGCGAUAACACUGGUGAACUGGUUGCUGUGAAAAAGCUGCAGCCAAACAAGAAGUCGACCCUGGAGGACUUCAAGAAGGAGGUCAACAUCCUCAGCAUUUUUGAGUGCGACUACAUCGUCAAAUACAAGGGAGUCUGCUACAGCACGGGUCGCCUCAGUAUGAGCUUGGUGAUGGAGUACUUGCCGUACGGCAGCCUUAUUGGCUACUUAGAGAGUUACCGACAUGUCAACACCAGGCGGAUGCUGCUUUUUGCUUCUCAGAUCUGUACGGGGAUGGAGUACCUGCAGACCUUGCGUUAUGUGCAUCGAGACCUCGCAGCCAGAAAUAUCCUUGUGGCCAAUGAGUCGCUGGUGAAAAUCGCUGAUUUUGGACUGACCAAGGUUAUUCCUUCUGACAAGGAGUACUACAGAGUCAUGCAGCCUGGAGAGAGCCCCAUCUUUUGGUACGCUCCAGAGUCCAUCAACGAAUCCAGAUUUUCCCACAAGUCAGAUGUCUGGAGUUUUGGAGUCGUUCUUCACGAGCUUUUCUGCUACUGCGACACAAACUACAACCCAAAAAGGCUAUACAUGCAGGAGAUUGGACACUAUGUGCAGAGUCCAUCCAUUUCAAUGCAUCUGGAAAAUAUUCUGAAGAACAACUGGAGGUUGCCAGCUCCUCUAAACUGCCCUCCCAAGGUGUACUGUUUGAUGAAGCAGUGCUGGGCAUACGACUUUGAGGAGCGACCAUGUUUCUCCAGCUUGGGGAAACAAAUUGAAACUAUCGUCCAGGAAGAGAGAGAGAGCCCUAAAGGCUGACAAGGAGCCCUGUUGCACAUCAGUUUCAAAUGAUACAAUUUAAUUUACUGUCCACAUUUCAAAAACAGUAUUUACUAGAACUCGUCCCUCAUGUCAGAAUAAUGUUAAUAAUAUCAUUAACGAAUGCAGUAUGAUUUAGAAAAUACAAUCUACACCACAAAGCAUGUACAGUAUAGGACGAAAUGUGUGACGUUUACACAUGUCGAAAGGGGUCUAAAGUAUUACAGAAACUAAAAACAGUUUUAAGGCUUUGUUUUGUAUUUCUUUUAUGAAAAAGAAUUGAAAACUAAAUUAUUUUUGCACCUAAUCUUACUUUGAUUUGCUUUCAUACUGUGUUAAUUCAGUGUCAAUGAAUAAUUUCUAUUUUUGUUAUUUUGUAAUCUUAUUUACAUCCUUUACUGUGUUUAAAAUAAAGCAAUUUGUGUACCUUGUGUAAAUA